AUGCUUCCAAGUUUCAUAUCAUCUACAAAUGGCAAUCGCUUGGACGACGGCACCUCGGACGUAGAAUCUGAGCCAGACCUCCCGCUCAAACGUAAACAGCGUCGCAGCCGCACCACCUUCACGGCAGAACAGCUGGAGGAGCUGGAGAAGGCCUUUGAGAGGACCCAUUACCCUGACAUCUACACCAGAGAAGAGCUAGCUCAGAGGACCAAACUCACAGAGGCACGAGUCCAGGUUUGGUUCAGUAAUCGCCGUGCCCGAUGGCGUAAGCAGGCUGGAGCCAAUCAGCUGGCAGCUUUCAACCACCUGUUACCAGGCGGCUUCCCACCUACUGGAAUGCCAACGUUACCCCCAUACCAGCUGCCUGAGUCAUCGUACCCAACAACUACCCUCUCCCAAGAUGGAGGGAGCACUGUCCACAGACCACAGCCUCUCCCGCCCUCAUCUAUGCACCAGAGCGGUCUGGCAGCUGCAGCAGAGAGUGGCUCCUAUGGCCUAACAUCCAAUCGACACACUUUCUCCAGCUACCCCGACAGCUUCAUGAAUGCAACAGGACCCAACAAUCCCAUGAACCAGGUCAGCAAUGGACUCUCUCCACAGGUGAUGAGUAUCCUGAGUAACCCGGGAGCAGUCCCACCUCAGCCACAACAUGACUUCUCCAUCUCCCCACUGCACGGGAGCCUGGAUACCUCCAACCCUCUGUCAGCCAGCUGCAGCCAGCGCUCCGACUCCAUCAAGGGCGUGGAGAGCCUGCCCAGCUCACAAUCCUACUGCACUCCCGCCUACAGCACAUCUGGAUACAGCAUGGACCCUGUGCCCGGCUAUCAGUACGCCCAGUACGGACAGAGUGCAGUUGACUACCUGACCAAGAACGUGAGCCUGUCCACACAGAGGAGGAUGAAGUUAAGCGAGCACUCUGCUGUCCUGGGCUUGCUGCAGGUCGAGACAGGACAGGCUUAUUGA